AUGAUUAAAGAAUUUGGAGAGCCAACAUAUUCGAAGUUUUUUGAAUUUAAAGAAGGCAGGUCUGCCAUAUUUGAGUUUGAAAAUCCUGAAAUCAUGGAUCGAAUUGUAGCCAAAUAUAAUGGUAAGGAAUUAAAUGGAGAUAAAUUAGUAGUAGAGAUUAUUGAGCACCAGAAGAGAAAUCGUAAGAAUAGAAAUUUUGUUAGAGAGGGGAGACCAGAACGUGGAGUUAUGGGUAGUCAUUAUCGUCAACCACAUAAUUCAAAGAAUUUUAGAAGGAAAAAUGAUAAACAAAGGGAGCCAAAAAAGCAGUUAACUUCUCAAGAAUUAGAUGCUGAAUUAGAUGCGUAUAUGAACAGUGGUGAUUGA